AGGAAUCGAAGAAAAAAACACACGUAGCUCUUCGUCAACAGCUCUCAGUCUCUCUCUGUCUUUAGUUUUUAUAGCAGUCAGGCUUGAAAAGCUUAUCUCACACAGAUAUGUCAUGGAAAAUGGGAUCAAUGUCAAAAUAGCUUUGUUUGCCAGAACGGGGAACUCCUUGGCAGUAGCCAACCAAAAACUGUCCAAAGCCCUUAUUCCAUCAAUAUGGAACAAUUAAUGCCGCUCCCGGUGUGUCUGAUAGAAAAUGUUGGGAGUAAUCUGGUGGUCAACCAAGAGGCUGAGAAAAUUCUCUCCAGUAUCUCUGAGCCGGUGAUUGUCGUGUCCAUUGUAGGAAAAUACAGGACAGGAAAAUCCUUCUUGAUGAACCGGCUGGUGGGACACAAUAAUGGUUUUCUGCUAGGAUCCAGUAUCCAGUCCAAGACUAAAGGGAUCUGGAUGUGGUGCGUUCCUCACCCUUGGAAACCUGGAUAUGUUCUGGUUCUGCUGGACACAGAGGGACUAGGAGACGUGGAGAAGGGAGACUCCAAAAAUGAUGCCUGGAUCUUCUGCCUGUCUGUGCUGCUGAGCAGCGCUCUGGUAUAUAACAGUAUCGGGACCAUCGAUCAGCAGGCAAUCGAGCAGUUACACUACGUAACUGAACUAACAGAGGUGAUAAAGCUGAAGUCCACCGAUACCAAAGAUGAGACUGCGGAACACGAGAGGUUCCUUCCAUCAUUUACCUGGUGCGUCCGAGACUUCACCCUAUCGCUGGAGCGAGACGGCAAGGAGAUAACAGAAGAUGAAUAUCUGAUGAUGGGUCUAGAGCUCAAAACUGGAGAAAACUUCCAGCAGUACAAUCUCCCCCGUGAGUGCAUCCGAAGCUUCUUCCACUCUCACAAAUGCUUCGUAUUUGACCGACCGACCUCUACGAGGAACCUGCAUCGUCUGGACGAGCUGAAGGAGAGCGAACUAGAGGAGGAGUUUAUGGAGCAAGCGGCGAAAUUCUAUGAGCAUAUAAUGAGGAACAGCAGGGUGAAAGCUCUGACCGGGGGAAUAACAGUCACCGGGAAAAUGCUCGGUAAUCUUACAUCCUUGUAUGUGGACACCAUUCGGAGCGGAGAGAUUCCCUGCAUGGAGAAUGCGGUUCUGACUCUGGCCAAAAUUGAAAAUGCAGGAGCUUUACAAGACGCAAUGUCCAAAUAUGAACAUGAGAUGGACAACCAUGUCCUUAAGUUCCCUAUCGAAACAGAGCUUGAGUUCCUGAACUUGCACAUGGAAUGUACAGGGAAAGCCAAUGAAGUCUUCAUGAAACGAUCAGUGAAUGACCAGGACCAGACAUAUCUACAAGAGCUGAAGAAUCAAAUUGUCAAGAAAAAGAAAGAAUAUAUAAAAAUCAAUGAAGAUUUAUCCAGGGAGGUCUGUAAGAAUCUUCUCCAGACGCUCAGCCUGACCAUGCAGAAUGGGCUCCAGCAGGGAUCUUACUUCAGACGUGGAGGACACAAGGCUUUCUUGAUGGAUAACAACAAAAUCCUAGAGAAUUAUCAUAGAACGCCUGGAAAGGGAGUAAAGUCUCAGGAGGUUCUGGAAGAUUUUAUACAUGAAAACCAGAACUCUGAAGCUGCCAUCCUCCAGGCAGAGGAGAAGAUCACUCAGGCAGAUCAGCGGUUAGCAGAGGCCCAUAACCAGGCCCUGCGGGCAGAACAGCAGAGGCAAUCUGCGGAGCAGCAGAACAGGGACCUGCAGCAGUCCAUGAUCAGGCAGAGCGCCACUUUUCAGCAGUUAAUAAACUCCCUCACAGGAGAGAUGGAGCAGAACAGAAUGAGGAUGGCUCAAGAAAAUAACUUCCUGAUGACUCUGCAACUUCAGGCUCAACAAUCGAGAAUGAGUUCAUCACAUCAACAAAUAUUGGAUCAAAUGCAGGAGGAAUUAAGAAGACAGAACUACCAGAGACGGUCGAGCAGUGGAGGAGGAGGCUGUAUACUGUCCUAAAACCUGUUAUUAUGUCAUAACGUAUGCUUAUGUUUCCCUUAACACAGUCACAAGAAAGCAAUUCAGCCACCACUAAGGGGAGGUCACUACAUACGAUUGUGUACAGUCACCACUAGGGGGAGCUCAUUAGAUACUAUUGUGUACAGUCACCACUAGGGGGAGCUCAUUAGAUACUAUUGUGUACAGUCACCACUAGGGGGAGCUCAUUAGAUACUAUUGUGUACAGUCACCACUAGGGGGAGCUCAUUAGAUACUAUUGUGUACAGUCACCACUAGGGGGAGCUCACUAGAUACGAUUGUGUACAGUCACCACUAGGGGGAGCUCACUAGAUAUGAUUGUCUACAGUCACCUCUAGGGGGAGCUCACUAGAUACGAUUGUGUACAGUCACCACUAGGGAGAGCUCACUAGAUACGAUUGUGUACAGUCACCACUAGGGGGAGCUCAUUAGAUACUAUUGUGUACAGUCACCACUAGGGGGAGCUCACUAGAUACGAUUGUCUACAGUCACCACUAGGGGGAGCUCACUAAAUAUGAUUGUCUACAGUCACCUCUAGGGGGAGCUCACUAGAUACGAUUGUGUACAGUCACCACUAGGGAGAGAUCACUAGAUAUGAUUGUCUACAGUCACCACUAGGGAGAGCUCACUAGAUACGAUUGUGUACAGUCACCACUAGGGAGAGCUCACUAGAUACGAUUGUGUACAGUCACCACUAGGGGGAGCUCACUAGAUACGAU